CCAACAAGGCCAGCAGCGGGUGAUAAAUACGGCCCGGUCCGUGCUUCCAAGAUAAAACAAAAGCGAUGGUGCUGGUGUGUGGCUGAAAACUAUCCCGAGUGAAAAGUAAAUCCAAAACCAGCGAACAAACACCGGCGCAGCUGCCGGAAGUGUUGCCCUUGGUGCUGCUGCUGCUGGAACAGCGGAAACUUUCGAACGAAUUGAGCGCACGAUAGUGAUCGGCGCGCAGGGCGAUCGGCGAGUGAACAAACACCCUGCGGCCAUCCGUCGACCCCCCUCACCCCCCUAACCGAGCCCUGUGGGCCGCCCGGGAGAAAUUUGAUUAUUCAUUUUCGCCAAUCAAAUCAAAACACCAUAAAUCGGCCCCAUCCCGGCCCGGACCGCCAAAGCUGGUCCAAUAAACCGAAACACGUUCGGAACGCGGAACGGAACGCUGCCAGUGAGCGCAAUCAACGGGCCAGGCGGCAACGGCUAUGGUGGCUUGUGAGCUCGGGAGACGGCGACCGGUAGCGCGCCCGUUGCUGGUCCUAGCGCUGCUCGCGGCGCUAUGGGUGGACCAGUGUGCUCAACAGAUACCUCGCAGCAGGGCACGCAACGACCGAUGCCCACGGGUACGGGCGAUGCGCAACUUUAAUCUGAACGCUAUGAUGGGUGCGUGGAACGUGAUCCAGUACUUCGCCUCCUCGGAGGCGCUGCCCGAGUACGGCUGCAUGCGCAGCUUGUUCUCGACGUCCGACGGCUACGUGACGAUGAACUUCACCUACGUCUUCCUAGACGACCCGGCGGCCGCCUUCCAGCAGGGCAACAUCACCUGGAUCAUCCCGAACUACGAGCAGCCGGCGCACUGGGUGCACGCCGAGAGCAGUUACGAGGAGAUCUACAACACGUACGUCAUCGAUACGGACUACGGCUCGUGGGCCCUGCUGAUGCACUGCGCCGAGAAGACGAAAUCGCAGAAGUACCUGUCCGCGCUGAUGCUAUCGCGCGACCCGAUUCUGGCGCCCAACGUGGUCGCCUUUCUACGCGAGAAGCUGCCCCGCUACGACAUUGACGUGGAGCAAAUGUUUCCGAUACGGCAGGACGGCUGCGCCAGCAACGACGCAGCCGAAGGGGGCCGGUACUACGUGGAGCACGUUUGAUCAGCGUUUCGGUUCCGGUCCCUGGCCCCGACGUCGUGGCGAGCUUGCGGUGGUGGCCGAAUUUCGUCCUGUAUUGCUAUGCUAAGUACAGCGUGUGUAUGACAAUGGGCAACGCUCUUCGUUUCGGAUGGUGACGCCUCGCAGAAGCAGAGUGCCAUGGGUGAGGAUAUCAACAACAUACUGGAACAGGAUGUGGCCGAGGAGAAAAUACGGAACGGAACGGAAAUCUAUGCCAACCCGAUGGCCCGUUGGGCCGGGCGGGACAAAACAGAGAGCGCGUGGAUGGUCCGCUCGUCCCCCGGU